AUGGGUGCUGUAUCACCUUACGGGCAGUUGGCUCGGAGCGCAGCCCGAUCCCAUGUCUUGUACGCGCCCCGACGAACCUUCACCUCGACAGUUGUCUGCCAGGCACAAAACGACAAUGGCAAUCCCCCUUCAAACAAAAAGAAGUCCGGCUUUUUCUCAUCCGUGAAAGACUGGGUUCUCGGUGAAUCUAAACCCAAGGCCGCUUUCACACCAAUGGCUCCGAAGCGCGAGGAAGGAGGACUCGGUGCCAGCUCCAUUUUUGCCGAUGACGUUGGCCAAACCUCAGGUCCCAAACCCAGCAAGCAGAAGAAGCAGUUGCAAGAGCAGCAACCAGGACAGGAGGAGGAGGGCCCUGCCUUUGGAAAUGCGCAACAAGAAUCGCAUGCAGCUCGCCCUGAAUCCCAACCCUCAAGCUCAAUUGCGGAAAUUCAAAUUAAGCGGACUGAGCGUGAAUCCAUGUCCAAGUCACACUGGUUCAAGACCUCCGUGAAGAAGUUGAACCCCUUGGCCCGGCAGAUUGCGGGUAAGCCUCUCGAUGAAGCAAUCUUACAGAUGCGUUUCAGCAAAAAGAAGGCCGCCAAGGAUGUCUUGGAUCAUUUGGAACACGCCAAGAACGUCGCCAUGGUCCGUGCCGGCAUGGGCUUAGGACUCCCUUCGGGUACCUCUGCGGAACCCGUGACUGUUACCCUGAAAUCAGGCGAGCGCAAGAAGAUCAACGACCCUACGUCGAUCUAUAUUCAGCAGGCUUGGGUCAACCGGGGACCUUACGGGUUUGGUAUGGAUCACCGCGCUCGUGGUCAGAUCAACCGACUUCGCCCUCCGGCGACUGGUCUGUCGGUCGUGCUGAAGGAAGAGAAGACUCGUAUUCGGGAAUGGCAGCAGCGUGAGGCUGACGCUCUCCGCAAGCGCAAGACUCAGCUCUGGACCCAGUUGCCAGACCGCAAGAUCUCUGCGCAGAAUCAGUACUACAGUUGGUGA